AUGUCUUCAACGAAACCAACAAUCCUCCUCACAGGCGCAAACGGCGGGUUAGGUAUCGGUUGCGUACAGAAUAUCCUCGCUUCGAAAUACGCGGAAACUCAUCAUGCGAUAUACACGGUUCGGAGUCUCGAUUCGGCGGGGACGUUGAGGAGUUUGCUUGAUGCGAAAGCGCAAAAAGGACAUUCGUAUGAGGUUUUAGCGCUGGAUUUGGGGGAUUUGAAGGAGGUUAGGGAGGUGGCCUCCUCCCUCAACGCGCGAAUCAAAUCUCAUACUCUCGCCCCCAUAACCGGCCUCCUCCUCAACGCCGCAAUGCAAGACGCCAACUCCAGCACCCUCACCCCGCAAAUCUUCACCCCCGACACCCACGAAGCCGCCUUCCAAAUAAAUUACCUGUCCCCCUUCCUCCUCGUCCUGCUCCUCCUGGGAUCCAUGCAUCCAACCGGGCGCAUCGUCCUCGUCUCCUCCUACAUGCACAACGCGCUCGAUCCGCGACCACAACAGAUGGGCAUCUACGAUCUCACGAAGAAAAGCGGGAGGGAUUACACGGUUAUGUUUGAGAGUGUGGAGGCGUGGCGGAGGGGCGUGAGUUAUGAGGAUGAUGCGUAUAAAGCGGGGAUGCGACGGUAUGGGGCUAGUAAGUUGGGGGGGGUGAUGUUCAUGUACGAACUCCAAAGCCGUCUCCUAAGCGACCCCAAGCUUUCGGGCGUCGAAAUAUGCUGUCUCGAUCCCGGCGCUAUGGCUAACACGGCGUUGAUGCGGAAUAGUCCGCCAGUUAUGCGCGUGGCGAUUGGGAUUCUGGGGAGGGUGUUGGGACCGGUGUUUACGGCUGUGAGUCCUAAUGGGACAUUCCGUACGCCGUAUAAAUCUGGGAGUGACUUGUUGAAGACGGGGUUGGAGAGGGAGGGCGCGUAUAAGGGGGGUGUUGCGGCGGUUUAUUGGGAUGGGGGGAGGAAGGGGGAGACAAGUUUGGAGAGUCGGGAUGGGGAGAAGCAAAAGUUGUUGUGGAGGGGGAGUUUGGAGAUUGUGGGUUUGAAGGAGGGGGAGACUGUGUUGAAGGAUUGGAGGUAG